UGUCAGCUGCAACAGUGUGGUGGUGGUAGGGCCAAGAACAGACUAGAUUAUUGCACAAUCUUUUUUUUUUUUCCCUCCAUGCAAAAUCCUCUGGUCUGUGUGUAAUAACCACUCAAUCAUCUAUCAGCUGUAUAGGGUAAUGAAGAACAAUGCAUAUACCAACUCAAAGCUGUGUCCUUUACUUGUGGAUGUGUGCAUUGACCUUUGUGAAAAGUGAAGAAUGUACACGUGAUAAUUUUAUAAGCGGUAAUUUGUAUAACUCGAACUUCGACACAAGCAAGCUAGAUGCCACCUACCCUCUUGGAAGUCAAGUCAGAGUAGGUUGCAGCAUUGGCUUUACUGGAUUCUUCAAGUUAUUCUGUACACUGGAGGGAUGGAAAUCGGUUGGAAGUAUUUGUGAACUAAGAUCAUGUGGUCACCCCGGUGACGCCCCAUUUGCAGAAUUUGACCUGGUGAAGGGAGACGAUUUUGUCUUUGGGUCAGAAAUUUUGUAUAAAUGCGACAUAGGCUACCGAAUGAUCAGCAGGAGCAACACCCGUCGCUGCGUGGCUUUGGGGUGGGAUGGCGUUGUCCCCACCUGUGAACCCAGUCGAUGCCCUCAGAUUGUCCCUCAAGAAAAUGUUCAGGUGAUUGGAGAUGCAGACGAGGCGAUGUAUGGCAAUGUGGUCCGGUUUAGGUGCAGACAGUCCUCUAUGAUUUUGGACGGGCCGGAGGAGAUUUACUGUGAUGAAAACGGAAAAUGGAGUGACAAGCCUCCCACGUGCAAAGAGCUAAUAUGUGAAGAGCCAAAAAUUGAAAAUGGCAGGGUACGUGACUUUGUCAGUGUUUACAGAGAAAAUGACAUCGUGGAUUAUCGCUGCAACUCCAGAUAUAAACCUGUCGACGCUAGGCCGUCAAAAUGCUCGAAAGUAGGCGUCGGAGCUGAGUGGGUCCCUAAACCUCUUUGUGAACUUGUAAAAUGCACACUAUCGCAGCCACCACUUAGGGGAACCACAUAUGUCCGCACUAUGAAAAGUGUUUUCCUUCCUGACGAAACUGUAACAGUGACGUGUGAGGCCGAUUUUUGGAUCGGUACCCCUGAAACAUCCCAGCAAUUAGUACACUGCAGAAACAACGGGAACUGGGACAUUUUGCCAAUAUGCAACGAGAAAAGAUGUGGCCGUCCGGAUGAACAAGGUGUGGCCUACCCUUGGAACAGGGAUCGCAGAGGUCAGACGAGACCAUUAGGUUCUGUUGUAAGAUAUACUUGUGGAAAUGAUUACAGUCCAACAGAUGACAGGAGUGAGGCCACAUGCACGGGGAACGGAUGGACACCAAACCCACUGUGUGAAGCAAAAUGUAGCCCACCCCGUGGCUACAGUAGUCUCCUCCAGGAUGCCAAUAGAUGGGAGUGGAUGAAAAAAUUAGGUCACACACAGACAUAUACAUGUAGGACUGGACUCAGGAAACCAGAGGGAGUACAGCGAGCAACGUGCACAGCUGAUGGAUGGAUGCCAAACCCUCUUUGUGAAGAAAUAACAUGUGGUACACCCCCUGCCUACGAUCGCCUCGCUGCCGGCCCACGCAAAUGGACAACAAAACCGGGCAACACACAGCCAUACGAGUGUAUGAGUGAAUACAAGAAACCAGAGGGAGUACAGCGAGCAACGUGCACAGCUUAUGGAUGGAUACCAAACCCUCUUUGUGAAGAUAAGUGUCCCAAACCUGAAAUUGAAAAUGGAUUUGCUGUUAGAGCAUCCACUGGGAUAUACUACUACGCCUGCAAUGAGAAUUAUCGGCCUUUAAUCGAUGGCUGGUGGCAUGAUGUCAGCUGUAACGGUGACGAAGUGGGGGGACGGAUACGAUGUAUUGGUGAGAAGAAAUGUGGCCAGCUUCCUGUGAUUCCCCAUGCUACCCUAGAAGAUACUGCUAAUGAUGAUUAUAAAGAAGAGCAACACAUCAAAAUUAUGUGUGAUAGAGAUUACAAACUUAACACUCCUCACAUAACUUGUCAGGCAGGAAAAUGGAACAUGGGCCAGUUACUUCCUGAUGAGAUCUGUACACCAAAUCACACGCCCUGUGGGCCCCCACCAAAGGUUGACAAUGCAGUUAUUACAACUGCAUAUCAGACGGAAUACUUGUCUAGAACUAUAGUCACCUACCAAUGUCGAGAUGAUUACGUUAUGGGGCCCAAGGACUCGUUGACAUGCAAAAAUGGAGAUUGGGGAGAAAAUGUCAUCCAUUGUGACAAAUGCUGUCAAGACCCCAACGACGAAGCGCUGCCAACAACAGCGGAUGUGGAGGAGGAGGGGUCUGUCACAACAGGGACAAAUCCGGAUUUAGUACAUGAUGUGUCAACGACAUCUAACAAGGAGGUUGAGCACUCAACCAGUGGACCAUGAUGGUGUUGCUGAAGUCCGUUGCAAGUACCAAUAAAGAUGGAAAAAAUAAA